AAAGUUCAUUGUUUAAUCAGUCGGUGAUUGAGUAGGACAUUCGUGAGUUGUGAAAGUUCAAUUUAUUUAAAACUUCUAAAUCAGCAAAAGAAAAAAGUCUAAUCUUAAACAGAAAUGGCACGUACUAAGCAAACUGCACGUAAGUCGACCGGUGGAAAAGCUCCCCGCAAACAACUCGCAACCAAGGCAGCUCGUAAAUCUGCUCCUUCCACGGGUGGCGUAAAGAAACCCCAUCGUUAUCGCCCUGGUACUGUUGCUUUGCGUGAAAUUCGCCGUUAUCAAAAAUCCACCGAAUUGCUGAUUCGUAAAUUGCCAUUUCAGCGUUUAGUGCGUGAAAUCGCCCAAGAUUUCAAAACUGAUUUGCGUUUUCAAUCUGCUGCCAUCGGUGCUUUGCAAGAAGCAUCUGAGGCAUACCUUGUAGGUCUUUUCGAGGAUACCAAUUUGUGCGCUAUCCAUGCCAAACGUGUAACCAUUAUGCCGAAAGACAUUCAGUUGGCUCGCCGAAUCAGAGGAGAACGCGCUUAAGCCACAACAUCUAUAUCCAUAAUAAUAUAUUUACCAUUUUUUCUUAAUUAUAUGAUAAAAUUAAUAAAAAUGUACUACAUGUAAGAAUGUCUUAAAUUGACAGGCAUAAGCUUAUUUACAUUUGGUUAAAAAAGAAGUUGCUAAAUAAAAUGUUCAGAUCAAAACAUUUAGGACCAAAUUUUCUGAAUUUUCAGACAGGUUCAUUUUUCAUCAGAUACUUUUCGCUUAUUGUCUGAUUUAUAUAAAAUAAGUUUAAUUAUUUGUAUUAAAAUAUGUAUUUAUUUAUAAGGUAGACGUAUAAAUUUGAUUGAACUCUAUGGCAUAUACAUGGAUAUGUAUCAAUGCAAUGUGCACUUUUUAUUUACAUUCAUAAACAAAAAUUACUUAUUCUUUAUGAACAUAAA